AUGCCUGCACCGCACAUUGCCUUCGCCUCGUCUGCCAUCUCAAACCCGUCAUCCACGACGUCCUCGCAUGCCGUCGCUCACUUGGGCCAUCCUACCGCUACUGGGCCCCUGCCCCUUUUCCCCCUCGUGUCUGCGCCGAUCACCGUUUCCAACGCCAUACCCAGCGCCAGACUGGAUUCCAAUUCCCACGCACACGCCUACUACAACUCAAACUCCUACAACACCCCGUCCGACCGUGACUUGACGGCAACAUCCAGAACCGGCGCCAGAGCCCAGGCCCACAUCUCCUCGGCCUUUGUCUCGCCGGCCGCUGCCAUUCCCUCCGCUGCACCUGUCGAUACCUUUGCAGACUCGGACUUGCAUCCCCUCUCCUUCCGCCAGCGCACCACGCCCGCCGCCCCCGCGCCCUUUUCCGCAGCCUCCCUCCCUCGCACCUCGUCGCUUCUUCCGCCCGCGCGCGUUGUCGCCAAAACCGUCCCCAUCACCAACGGAAACAGCACCGUCCACGCCAACGCCGUCAACGUCGGCGGCGCGACUGCUCCGAAUCGUCCUGCGGCUUCUACGGCCGCCGUCGCACCGUACGGCACCCUCAAUGACCCCGCCACGACAACAGCCGCAUCAUCGUCGAAUCAUCGUCCGUCGCGUUCCAACAGUGUCGGCGGCGUCGCCCCUGACCUAGCACGCCUCAACAACCGCUGGUCCGCCUCCACCGCUGCUUCCAGCCGUGCCUCCAUUGCCGGCAGCCACCAGCUCUACCACCGCCACCAGCGCUCGGCCAGCUUCAGUCGCCGCCUGAGCGUCGAUUCUCUCGGCUCUUCGUUUCGCAUUUCUCAAUUUGAGCCCACAACCACUCCAUCCCCUGAACGAACGCAGCAAUCGACACCGCGCAAGUUGCAAAAGAGCCAGUCGGGCACGUCCAACAGCGGUUCCCCUCUCCGCGACCGCGGCUCGCCGCUCCGCUCCGCUGCACUCUUUACCAGCCUCCCACCCAUCAUUGCCCUUCCAUCACUCGAGCAGGAGGUCCAAGGCGGAACGGCAUCUCUUUCCAUCGAGGACCGGCAGCAACGUCUACCCCACGCUCGCCAGCUCAGCUCCGAGGAUAACCUGCAGGCGUUCUAUCUAGGAGAGCUCACCACCACCACGACCGCCGUCGGCCCCCUCUCCACCACAAUGUACAGCCGCGACCAACCUGAGGCAGUGUCCUCACGCGGCUACACGCGCAGUCGCUCACAAGCCCCCAAUGGAAGCACAGACUCCACCAAGAGCAACAAGGACCGGAGCAGCAAGCCGCCGUCACAAAAGGCCAUGCUCUCGCGCGCCCUUCAAAAAGCAAACACCGCCGUCCAGCUCGACAACGCCGGCAACAUUGAAGGCGCGCGAGAAGCCUACUCCGAGGCAUGCAGGCUUCUGACGCAAGUCCUACUUAAGACUCCCGGUGAAGAGGACAAACGCAAGCUAGAAGCUAUUAAAAUUACAUAUACAGCGCGGAUCGAAGAACUCGAUCUUAUCGCCUCAACACAAAGUCAGGACACUCGGCCAUUGCCUCAACGACCCUCGAGCAGUAGUGAUCGUGGCCGGCGCAGUUCUGAGGUCUAUCCGGGCGCUAUUGAUGUCGACUCGGAUACUGCCGUAGAGCCCGAUGAGGACCUGGCCCAGAUGUCCGGCAUAUACAACACCGACAGCGAGCAACAGCGGCAAGCCGAACCGCGCUCCAUACCAGGCUACUCCAUUCCGCAGUCGUCCUCAUCACCAAGACCAAUGCAGUCUGGUUUCCCCAAUUCGGCCAACGAGCAGCACCCACAACAACACGUUUCCUCUCUGCUCAAGGACCAGUACACCCUGCAGUCGACGUUCUCGCGCUCGCCAAGAAAAGAGUUCAUCCCACCUCGCAACUUAAACACGAAGCCAAUUGCAACGAGCCAGGCGUCGACAUUACAACCACCACCCAGUGCCAACCAGUACAUGCCCCCUCCCCUCUCGCCGAGGCGGAUUGUACCGCCAUCACGCCCUUUUGAGGAUGCGCCUACCUCCUACCGCUACAACCCCGACGAAGAAACGCUCCCAUCUGCGCACUACGGCUCCACCCUGCGCCCAGGCAGCGCCAAUGCAAACAACGAUGAUGCCACACACGCUGCCUAUGGACACACCAGGACAGGAAGCCACGAGUCGGUAUCUUGGUUGGACCCCAUCCACGAAUCCGGCAGCUCGGCAGCCUCGUCAGUUCACUCCCGGUCGUCUUCAAUGGUUAUCCGGAGGAAACACAUUCGUGCGGCCAGCGGCGCCACAGAAGCCGAGUUUGAUGCCGCUCUCGACGAUGCGAUUGAGGCUGCCUACAACGACGGCUACGAACCCAUGAAUUCGGACCCGACAUACCCAGCAUCGUCGCAAAAUAACUACAAGAGCUACGGCAACGGCGAUGCAAGGGUGUCCAAGAGUUUACGCAAGGUAGAGCUGGCCAAGGAGCGCGUGCGAGAGACAGAGCGCGAGGCCAUUGCCCUUGAGCGCCAGUUGCGCCUCCGCGAACAGCUGAUGCUUCAACAGCAACAGGAAGAGGAGGAGGGGCAGGUGGAACGCCGGACGCCGCGCGACUUUCUGGACGACGAGGACGUCGACUCAGACGACGAGGAGCGUAUUCUCGAGGAAAUGACCAGUGGCCUAGCCAUCGAAGACUUUACGUUUGGUCUCAAACAGAAGUCCGCCAUCAAGCCGCCGCCGCCACGCGAGUCUGAUUCAAGCGAGUUUACCUCGCGCACCUGGCAUAGCUCCAUGGCCUCCAAUCCGCCUACUGCCAACACAGUUCUCUCGACUGUGUCCGAAAGCACGGUUCUGCCGCCCGGAAUGGUUCCCAAGGGCAUGCCCCCACCGCCACCACCACCACCGACACAAGCGCUUCCGUCGCUACCGCCCCAGAUGCCCCCACCGGGCCGCCCGUCAACCGCCCAGACGAGUCCCGUACGCGCCGGCAGCGCGCAGAGCGUCCGCAAUCGACGACUGUCGGGCCAGAACAUGAAGCAGCUCAAGAUUGAAACGACCAAGCUGAGCCCGCCGUCCGCGACAGGUCCCGCGACCACGGCUAACAACGCCGCCUCGUCCACAUUGCCCGCCUUCGCCGCCCCCCCACUGCCCCAGCAGCCACGCACCGCAGGCUUCCUUGUGCAACAACGGCAAGCACUGUCGACGGCGCCCGGGGGGCCACCAGCCCUACCUGGCGCCAGUCAGAGCCGUCCAGGGUCCAGUGCCGCGGGCGCGGCUGGCCGACCGGCCGCCCCGACGCCGUCACCAGGUGCAGGCAACACCAUGUUUUUUGGUGCCAGCCCAGUCGAAACCAUGCCACCGCCAAACUUCCCGCCACCCACACCACCCAUCCCUCAGGGCUUCGACAACGAUGGACGCUCCGGCUCGCCGUCUGCAGGACGGCCCGGCCUACGCAAGAACUUCUCGUCGUCCAGUCUUCGCAGCCUGCGCAGCCGCAACAUGUCGUUGACCAACCUGGACGGCGACAUGUCGCCGAGUACACCGCUGACCACCCAGUUCUCCAAUACACGCCUGCCCGACAUGCCUACACUGCCUACGCCGAACGCAGCCACGUUUAAGGACCGUAUCUUCAUCGCUGCCAGUGGCGUCGGCGGCAUGCACCUGCUGGAUAACGACUUCCACUCGCCCAGCACGCCCGGGUCGCCCAAUCCCAUGUACUCGGACGCCCCCGUGCCGCUGGAGCCGUGCCCGACCGAUACGAUGCUGCGGCCCUUUUGGCUCAUGCGCUGUCUCUACCAAACGCUUGUCCACCCCCGCGGUGGCUACCUCAGCAACAAGCUCUUUGUGCCCAGCGACGUAUGGAAAGUCAAGGGCGUGCGCCUCAAGAACGUUGACGAAAAGGUUGCAAAUUGCGAUUUCUUGACGUCGGCGCUCAUGAAGCUCGCUCAGGUCGACACCUGCGAUGCCGACGCUGUCUUGGAAGAAAUGCAGGCGCUCGAGAACGUACUGGAACAGACCCAGACUACGCUUGCCCGCAAGCUCGGCAACGAGGUCGGCGUCCAGAGCGCCAGUGCCCUGUUCAAAGAGGCGUCCGUGGUUAUCGACGCGGACGCCAACGGCGGGGCAGGUGGUGGUGGCGGCAGUGCCGUGCCGCGCACGUCGAGCGUCUCGGGCCAGUCGGGAUCGCGGUCGUUUUCGUGGCGCCGGCUGCGGUCCAAGAACUCGUCGGCAGGGCUGAACAGCAACUACAACACGUCGGGCGGCCGCAAAGAGAGCGUGUCGGAUGCCAGCGGUGCGGGCGGUGCCGGUGGCAGCAAAGAUGGCGGCCCGCUCGCGAGUCUCCCGAUGACGGCCCAGCCCACGCGCCGGCCUGCCAAGCGCGACGUGUCGUCGGCCAAGUUCGGCGGGCCGAAUGCCGUGUACAUGAACUCGCUCGCACGGUUGUUUGACGCGGCACAGUCCAUCGACCAGAUCGCGCGCCAAGUCGAGGACCCCGGCCUGCGGCACGCAGACAAGACGCAGGUCGGCCUGGAGCUGUGCACGCGGCACGCGGCCGAGUUCUUCGCCUUCUUCAUUUGCCGCUUUGUGCUUUCGGACGUGUCGCUGCUGCUUGAGAAGUUUAUCAAGCGUGGCAGUGAAUGGGUGAUGGCGUGA